AUGACGCCUCUGGACAUUAAACCGGGUCGUCUGGUGGCAGUGGUUGGGGCUGUGGGGGCUGGAAAGACGUCGCUGAUAUCCGCUUUGCUGGGAGAACUGCGCAGCCUCAAGGGUCGCAUUAAUAUCAAAGGGUCUGUAGCGUAUGUGCCGCAGCAGGCCUGGAUUCAGAACGCCACUCUGAAGGACAACAUCUUGUUCGGCUCUAAUCUGGAUGAGGAGCGUUACCUGUCUGUGGUGGACGCGUGUGCGCUCGGGCCAGACCUGGAUCUUCUGCCAGGAAGAGAUCAAACUGAGAUUGGAGAGAAGACACACUGGAGCUGUCAUCGGAAUUAAUUGCAUUUGUCCCGAGAAUCCUACUGUCUUUGUGAAUUUUCCAGACAAGGGGAG